AUGUUAAAUCCAAUGGAGGAAAAAAUCAGGGCCAUGCAGUCAUUUUUUGGCCUUACUGUUACUGGUAAAAUAGACAAGGAGACAAUGGAGGUUAUGCUGAAACCCCGGUGUGGAGUGCCAGAUGUGCAAAGGUUUAGCCAUUUUCCAGGAAAUCCAAAGUGGGAGAAGACCUUACUUACCUACAGAAUUGUCAAUUACACACCAGAUAUCACCAAAAUGGAGGUGGAUUAUGCUGUGGCUCGUGCUCUGAGGUUAUGGAGUGAGGUCACACCACUGCAAUUUCUGCAGGUCUACAGUGGUGAAGCUGACAUCAUGAUUUCAUUUGGAUCUAAAUCCCACGGGGAUUUCUUUCCAUUUGAUGGACCAUUGGGCGUUUUGGCCCACGCUUUUGCACCUGGUGAAGAUAUCGGUGGAGACGCUCAUUUUGAUGAAGAUGAGAAUUGGACACUGAGUGGUAAAGGCACCAAUAUCUUCCUUGUUGCUCUUCAUGAGCUGGGACAUGCUCUAGGACUGGAGCAUUCAAAAGACGAGCGUGCCAUAAUGUAUCCAACCUUGCUUGAUAAUUCAGUUGUGGAUACAAGCAAGUUUAAACUCUUUUCGGAUGAUAUUGCUGGAAUCCAAGCUCUUUAUGGUAUGAAACCUCGACCAACAGCCACCAAGAAACCAAAGCCAACCGAUGCUCCAAAAAAUCCAGCAGUGCCAGAAAGGUGUAACCCAAGUUUAGGGUUUGAUGCCGUCACCAGGAUGAGGGGAGAUUUACUAUUCUUUAAGGACGAGUAA